AUGUACUCACGCCUUGCACCCCAGCCUCCUAUACACCGCGUCUUCUCAUGCGAAGCCUGCGAGCGGGCAUUCAAGUCCCAAAUCUCUCUUGACGAGCACUACCGCGGCUCGCCGAACCAUCCCAAUUGCUUCGUCUGCGGUCGAGGGUUCCGAAAUCAAGAGAUAUGCGAUACUCACCACGACGACGCCCACCCCCGUGUCGUUUGCUCAGUCUGCAGGAUCACGAUGUACGAACACGAGCUCCCUCAGCACCUCAAAGACUCCCCGCGGCAUCCUACCUGUGAGCUGUGCCCGGAUGCCCUGGGAUUUGAGAGCGACGCUGAAUUCACUUUACAUUGUGAGUCGACCCACGCUGAAUCUUACUGUGUCAAGUGCCGCCGUAUAUUCGACAAUGUCAAAGAACAUUACUUGGAUUCAGUGGUUCACCCGAAGUGUGAGCGGUGUGAGGAGCCCAUGGGGUUCGCUAGCGAAAGGGAAUACGCAGAAGUAAGUAUUUUUCCUUAUCGUUUACUCGUUCGUACCAGUACUAAUUAG